AUGUCAAAUCCCCAGGAGGAGCUUCUGCCGCCCAGUGCUGAGGACGAUGAGUUGACACUACCACGUGCCAGCAUCAACAAAAUAAUAAAGGAGCUGGUGCCCACAGUGCGAGUAGCCAACGAAAGUCGCGAAUUGAUUUUAAAUUGUUGUUCCGAGUUCAUCCACCUGAUCAGUUCGGAGGCGAACGAAGUUUGCAAUCAGCGCAGCAAAAAAACCAUUAAUGCGGAACACGUGCUAGAAGCACUAGAUCGUCUGGGCUUCCGCGAUUACAAGCAGGAGGCCGAGGCUGUGCUCCACGAUUGCAAGGAAGUAGCUGCAAAGCGACGUCGCCAGAGCACGCGACUCGAGAAUCUUGGCAUUCCCGAAGAGGAGCUACUGCGUCAACAGCAGGAGUUGUUUGCCAAAGCGCGCGAGGAGCAGGCACGCGAAGAGCAACAACAAUGGAUUAGCAUGCAGGCAGCCGCUGUUCAGCAGAGCAACAAUGCUUUAAUACAGCGACAACAGCAGUCGGACGUCCGAAAACCCAGUGAAGAUGACGAUGAUGACGACGACGAUGACUACUAAACUGAUUCGAUUAGUUCAACGAGUUUAUUUGCUUUUCGCCCUAAUGUAAUUGUAAACUGUAAUUAAACUAUUGCCAUAAGUCAAA